UGGAGUCGGGGGGGACUUGAUGGAUACUGAGAUGAAGCGGAGGAAGAGCACAAUGGAAGCACAGACUGUUGUAAAUCCCCCAGCCUAGUUUUCACUGCAGAGAAGAACGGAUACCUGCAGAGAAGGUAUCCGUUCAUUUAUUUGGCAUUGCUAUGUUCUUUCUUUAAGAUGCCGUUAGCAAAAUUCAACUUCAGAGAAAACUACAGAUUUUGUUUGUUGUUGCACAGUUUCAUGUAAGUCAUCAGUAUUCUGUUCCUUUUAAUUAUUAUUAUUUUAUUCAUAUUUUUGUAGCCAGCCAGCAGUGCGCGUUUUUUUUUUUUUUCGUUAUGAUGAAAAAGAGCUGGGAGGUGCGGAGUGGAGACAGAGAAGUCCUUCUGGAUUUGGACGCCAGGGGUGAAGCACACGCCACAGACGGCUACGGCAGUCUGCAGAACGGGGACUUUUUCCCUUUACGAUGUUUUUCAGCCGCAGCUUCAAAGUGCCACGUCCACGGUGAUGAUCCAAUUAAUUUGCACUGUACUACAAGAGAUAACCAACCCGUCUCAAAAAUGGGCAACUACUUCAGAGAUGGACGAACUAAAAUUGAUUUUGUGCUGGUGUGGGAGAUCCGGUCACGGAGCAAGCGGCGAGGGAAGGGGAAAAGCAACGGGAACUGUGAGGAUGGGGAGUCUGCACAACUGGCAGAGUGGAGGGACAAGUUUGUCCAGAACCUCCAGAGUGCCGGACUGCUCUUGGAAAAGGAGGAAUCUGCAAAUGAAAAGAAAACCAUACAUUUUCUUAAAGUCAGCGCCCCCUGGGAUGUGUUGGUUUACUAUGCUGAGGAACUUUGCCUCCGAGCUCCACUGCAGGCCCAGCAACACCUGGACCUGAACACAUCUUCCGUUGUUCUAAAAAGACUCUGCGUUCCCAACAUAAUGAUGGAAUCAGUGCCAAACAGGCCGCUGGACUAUUACACAUGCGCCUUCCACAAGUCAAAGAUGAACAGAUUCCUCGGCUCCGAAGACCAAGAUAGCUACUUCACUAAUACUCAGAGACACCAGGUUGUUUAUGAGAUUCUAGCUCGGACGGUGUACGGCAAAAGAAAGAGGACGGAGGUUGGCGUGGACAGACUGGUAAAUGAAGGGGCCUACACAGCAGCUUAUCCUCUGCAUGAGGGUCCUUUCAAGCUUCUGAGCCACGAGAUAAAUCCUGACGAGCUCAACCAGAGGCAGGUCCUGCACUACUACUGGGCUCGCUGGUGCAAAUGGUUCAAGUACCAACCACUGGAUCACAUUAGGGAGUACUUUGGAGAGAAGAUUGCCCUCUACUUUGCUUGGCUAGGUUUCUACACAGCCUGGCUGCUGCCGGCGGCCAUAGUGGGAACGCUGGUUUUUGUGUCAGGAGUCAUGUCCAUGGACACUAACACACCAGCGGAGGACAUUUGUAACAGUGGUGCGACGUAUCCGAUGUGCCCCCUUUGUAAAACAUGCGACGCUUGGAACAUGUCUGAUAUCUGCACCAUGGCAAAGCUUGGGUACCUGUUCGACCACCCCGGUACCGUGUUCUUCAGCGUUUUCAUGUCCUUCUGGGCCGUGACCUUUCUGGAGUUCUGGAAGCGCAAGAUGGCUACUCUGGCCCAUCAUUGGGACUGCAUGGAUUUCCAUGAGGAGGAGGAACGCCCCCGUCCUGAGUUUGCCGCCACGGCCCCAACUGUGGAGGAAAAUCCUGUGACUGGAGUCAAAGAGCCGUACUUUCCAGAGAAGACGAGACUGUCUCGCAUGUUCACUGGCUCCAUGGUCAUUGUCCUGAUGCUGUGUGUGGUGAUCAUCUUCCUGGUGACAGUGGUCAUGUGUCGAGGAGUCAUCAGCGUCAUGAUGUACCAGAGCGGCAGCCCUGUGCUGCGUACGGAGGCUGGAACCAUAGCUAACAUCUGCAGCAGCAUUGUGAACCUGGGCUUCAUUCUGGUAAUGGGUCAGGUUUAUACGGCCUUAGCUGAGCAGCUCACCAAAUGGGAGAUGCACAGAACCCAAACCCAGCAUGACAACGCUUUCACCCUCAAAGUGUUCAUCUUCCAGUUUGUCAACUUCUACUCGUCUCCCUUCUACGUGGCUUUCUUUAAGGGAAGGUUUGUGGGUUACCCUACAAACUAUGGAACCUUGUUUGGGAUGAGAAACGAAGACUGUGGUCCUGGUGGUUGCCUCAUUGAGUUGGCUGAACAACUCUUCAUCAUAAUGGUGGGGAAGCAGCUCAUCAACAACAUCCAGGAGUUCAUCAUACCCAAAGUAAAAGCCUGGCGGCAGAAAAGAACCUUGGCCAAAGUGUUGGGAGAUAAUGAGCAAGAUGAGCCUCGGCGCUGGGAGGAAGACUACAAGCUGGUACCGUGUGUGGGCCUGUUUGAGGAAUACCUGGAAAUGGUCCUCCAGUUUGGGUUCAUCACAAUUUUCGUAGCAGCGUUCCCCCUCGCGCCGCUCUUCGCCCUCCUGAACAACUGGGUGGAGAUUCGCCUUGACGCCCACAAGUUUGUGUGCGAGUACCGCCGACCGGUGGCUGAGCGGGCUCAAAACAUCGGCGUUUGGUUCAACAUCUUAGAAGCCUUGUCCCAUCUGUCUGUCGUUGCCAACGCCUUUCUAAUCGCCUUCACAUCAGAUUUUUUACCACGCCUGCUCUACCAGUACAAAUUCAGGAACGAUCUUAAUGGAUAUGUUAACUUCACCUUGGCCUAUGCACCACUCAACUACACCGACUACCCUAGGUGCAGAUAUAAAGCAUUCAGAGACAAUGAUGGAAUGUAUACACUCUUCUACUGGGAACUCCUUGCUGUGCGACUUGGUUUUAUUAUUGCAUUUGAGCAUGUGGUAUUUUUUGUUCUGCGAGCCAUUGACUGGAUCGUACCCGACGUACCCGAGUCCUUGGAGCUGAAGAUCAAGCGAGAGCGCUACCUGGCUAAGCAAGCGCUGGCUGAAAACCAGGAGGCGCUGUUGCAAGCGACAUGUCCUUUGGAUUGAUGAAUCGGGACUGCAAUGGAAUGCUGGGAGGAAACAUUCGAGGAAGACGCUCCUUUGAAUAUAGAAAGAUAAUUUUUUCAUCAUUUGAAAGUCGAAAAGCCAGCUCCAGAUGAGAUUGUUGCUGCUGCUGCACGCAUACUGAGGCAAAGGAAACUAAGGUCACUGGCUGGCUCUUUCACCAGGAGGAUUCUAACUUCAGUUGUUGGAUGUUUGAGCUAUAAUUUAAGAUGGGCUUUCCUUUUUAGAGCAAGGCGUAAUUCAUCAAGCAUGAGGAAUAAUGACGCAGCUUCACUGCAGAUUAACUUGAUUUAUGACUACCAGCAGCUACAGCAUGCAUUGUUGAUGCAGAUGUGUACAGAUUCUCGCAAACGUACUCACAGCCCCUUUAUCUUUAUAUUUUUUUACAUUUUGUCACAUUGCAACCACAAACGUCACUGUGUUUUACUGGGAUUUUAUCUGUCAGGAAAAACACUUGUAAAGUGUUUUUAACUUGGCAAGAUAUAUUCAAAGUAAUGUAGUUUAUCAUAUUUUUUUUGUCUUAAAAAAUAAAAAUCUGAAGAGUGUGGCCUGCGUUUCUUUUCACCCGUUUUACUCUGACUCCCCUGAAGAUACAGUUCAUGAGAAGAAAAUAAAUCUCUUUGACCUAAAGGCACAACACUGUCCACCCUGAACACACCUCAACACCACAAUCAACCCUCUUUCUAAACUCUGGACAUCCGUUGACAUCUUUGUUAGCAGAGAUCAGUUGGCUAAUCUUUAUUUAGCCCAGAAACGCCACAUAUCCGGUCCAGAUUUAGCGCAACCAAAAGCUUUAUUAGCUCAGCUAUGGUUUCAAACAUGAUUAGUCUCACCACAGUUCAACGCUGUUUUGGUGAAACCGUCUUCCUAGCAAAAUAGUUUUUUGGGGGGGGGAUAUCAGUGGCAACAUCAUGCCGUGAAAUGUUUUGAAAAACAUUCAGUCAAAAAUCAGAAUAAUCUAAUCAAAUCCACUACUACUCUAAUGGAAUCUAAUUUCAUCGGUGCUAAAACAGAUAUACUUACUGAUGUUCUGCGGAAGGUUUGAGCUACAGAAUGAGCAAAAAGCUCUUCGGGUGGCGGAGACAUGGCCUCGACAACCAUAUUUUGUUUGCAUCAGAGUACAGGUGUCUGAAUAUCUUAGUUUAUGAAGCUUUUGGUGUUUGUCUAUCACAUACAAUACCAGUAAAAUACUAUGAAGUUUGUGGUCUAACACGACAAAAUGUUCAUUAUGAAAACAUUCUUGUGGAACUCUUUGUUGAUGACAAGAUGUAGUUUGUGUCAAACCGAAAUAUUUUUCACUGGUAGGAGUAUUUUUUUUUUUUCUGAAGAAUCUGUCGGGUGAAAACCUAACUCAACCUCGGUCUGCAAUGUCAGCUCUGUUAAUCAUUUGUAGUCUUUAACCUCCAGCAGAGAUAACCCCAAUUUUUCCUCACACUUGAAAAUGCCACUGCAGAGACAUGAAAGACGAUAAACAUCCGACUUCUUGGACUCAGUCGGGUUUCCCACUGCUUGAAAACCAACCGCAAUCUAUAAAUCGGAGUUUGCCUUCCAUUUUAUUGUUGGCUAAUACUGUAAGGCUGCACAGAGAGCAAGCUUUUCUUUACUCUCCUUGUUAACUUUCAGAAGGUUGUAAAAUUUGUUUUGUUUUCCCGCAUAAGCACGUCAGUUUUUUUUUUUCCUGCACAGUAUUGUAUUAACAGUAGGCCUAUGUACUGUUGAACAAGAAAGCUUUUCACUUCAGGGUUGCUUUUUUUUCUUUUUGCAUU